UGCAGACAUACAGGUUCACUUCCACCACAGUAUAAAGUAUCCACAUGCUUUGUUAGUGUAUAAGGGAUCCUGGUUUGGUUAUAAGAAUGAGUUACUUAUAACAGAUGUGAUGGUGUCAGGACUAUUAUUUGAACUCGGUAAGACACUACACAUAUGGCAGAGAACACCCUGAUCAGCUUACAGCCACUUUAUUAUUGAUGAUCUGGUUGGACAAACCCAAGCAGCACCUCUGCUUCUCAUUUAGCCUCGAACAGGUGGGGAACACUGGACGCCUAGUCCCUGUGCCCAGUCUAAGUGAAGCGGACCGAUAUCAACCCCUAAGUCUGGUGACGAGGAAAAGGAGACGACAUUUCUGGAAGAAGACCAAAUAUGCCACAACCCCUUUCUCACUGAAAGACAUACUCGUGGGAGAGAAAGAGAUCACAGCAGGGGUCUCCUCAUAUCAGCUCCUGAACUAUGAGGACAAGUCUGAUGUUGCCCUUAAUGGGCGUUUGGGCAACCAUCUGAUCCAUGAGGUGGGAGUAAACGUGAGUGGUUCAGAUUCUGUGGCAGUAAAGGCCUCAUUUGGAAUUGUGACCAAGCAUGAGGUGGAGGUUCCAACAUUACUGAGAGAACUCAAUGCAAGGAAAGUUGACCUGGAUCACUGUUUGAUCCAUCAGUCCAAAGAGAGUGGGCGGACUGUCCUGUGUGUUGUCAUGGAGAGUAUCCGCACCACGCGACAGUGUUCCCUCACCGUCCACGCUGGAGUGCGAGGAACUACCAUGAGGUUUCAGAUAGAUGAUGGUCGAAACCCUAAAGGUCGAGAUAAAGCCAUUGUAAUUCCAGCCCACACGACCAUAGCAUUCAGUGUGCUAGAACUUUAUGUGCGUCUUGAUGGACGUCUAGAAUCAUAA